CUGAUCCACGUUACGUAUCUUGCGUUGAGUUCGUUGCGUCUGUGCAAGAGGACUCCGUCGUGUCCGUGUGUCACCGUUAGCAGCGGAUCCGUGGGAUACGGGCCAUGAAACAUCCAUUUAAUCCGCGUAUCUUGUCAAAUAUUAAGAUUUUCUGAUGCGCGUAUCGAAUUAAUAAUAUCACGGGCCUUUAUUCAAACGUAUAAUUGAUGUGCAAUAGUGUUAACUGAUGCCCGCAAGGCGGGGCGCAGAAUUGCUCUUUGUGUAGGGAUAAGUCGAAGUAGUCGACCGUUCUAGCAGGCUAGCGGAAAGAGGAAAGAUGAUGCCCCGUCCACCGAUAUCAAACAUGGAGGACCCGACAAUGUAACGAAAAUUUCCUUUAAAACCGCGUGUCGUUUAGUGAGUUUUGAGUGUUCCCUGUUGCCUUGGUAAAAUGGAGUUACGCGUUGGGAACAAGUAUAGGCUUGGACGAAAGAUCGGGAGCGGAUCAUUUGGUGAUAUCUAUCUAGGAACGAACAUUUCCACGGGUGAGGAGGUCGCCAUAAAGCUAGAAUGCAUAAAAACAAGGCAUCCCCAGCUCCACAUAGAGUCGAAAUUCUACAAAAUGAUGCAAGGCGGUGUUGGAAUUCCCACGAUAAAAUGGUGCGGUUCGGAAGGUGACUACAAUGUAAUGGUGAUGGAACUGCUCGGUCCAUCACUGGAAGAUCUUUUUAAUUUCUGUUCUCGAAGAUUUUCGUUAAAAACUGUCCUACUACUUGCCGAUCAAUUGAUAAGCAGAACGGAUUAUAUCCAUAGUCGAAAUUUUAUACAUCGGGAUAUCAAACCUGAUAAUUUUUUGAUGGGAUUGGGCAAGAAAGGAAACCUUGUUUACAUCAUAGAUUUUGGUUUAGCCAAAAAAUACCGAGAUGGUCGCACCCACAUGCACAUACCUUAUCGAGAAAAUAAAAAUCUUACAGGGACAGCCAGAUACGCUAGUAUAAACACGCAUUUGGGAAUUGAACAAUCACGGAGAGAUGAUUUAGAAUCGUUAGGCUACGUUCUGAUGUACUUUAAUAGGGGGAGCCUACCAUGGCAGGGUCUUAAGGCAGCCACAAAGAGACAGAAAUAUGAACGUAUUUCAGAAAAAAAGAUGUCUACCCCAAUAGAAGAACUGUGCAAGAUUCAUCCCACUGAAUUUUCGACGUAUCUGAGGUACUGUAGACAGUUACGUUUUGAGGAAAGACCGGAUUAUUCUUACCUGCGUCAGUUAUUUCGCACCUUAUUUCAUAGUCAGGGUUUUACUUACGACUAUGUAUUCGACUGGAAUAUGUUGAAGUUUGGCAAUGCCCGGCAACCUUCAUUACCCUCGGCUCAACAGCCACUUGCCCAUUUGCAACCCGCUAAUGCGGCACCACCCAGUGGGACCACUAAUGAUCAGGAACAUCGCUCAAGUUCCAGGCCUUAUACGCGACAAUGCCUGGGUCUAGGUCCCGCAGGUCCAACGGUUGGGACUUCUAGUCGUCGACAGAAACACGAGACAUUGGAUGCGCGCGGAGAUCAGGAUAAUCAGGAGAAGAGCGACCUCCAAGCAGCUGGUGGCGGCGGCCAAGAGCGAAGGGUCAGCAUGCGUCUUCACCGAAGUAACGCAGCAGCCGCUGCUGGAGAAAUGCAUCCCAAGUCCAAGAAGCGCCAAUGCGACGGCAAUGGCACCUCCCAUUCUGGUGGCCAGACGGGCAAGCGUUCAGCACAACAAGUAAGCUUCAACAACCAUGCUUCCAACCAGCACUCAUCUUUGCCUGGCAGUCGUCAGAGUCGGAAGUAACACACACACUCCUCUACACGAGAAAAAAAAAAUUAAAAAAAAAUAUACAGACAAACAAAAUGCUAUGAUAGUAAUUAAAAAUUCUGCGUCAGGCCAGCAAUAUCCCUGCCUUUUUUUAUACAACACAAAAAAAAAAAAAAAAGAAAUUAAUUGAUUAAUGAAUAAAUGAAUAAAAUAGAAGCAAAAUACAGAGAUAUUUCCAUUUCAUGAUGAUGUCUUACGAACAUUGAAACAAAAAUAGAAAUUUUUUUUUUUCUAUCUUAAAAACGAUAAUUCGUUGAUGAUUUUUUUUUCUUGUUUUCAUUUUUUUUUCCUUUCUUUUUUUAAUUGUAAGAUAUAGUGUGUAUGAUAAUUAAUGAUAAAUAUAAAUAAUAGAACUAAAUUUGAGAUCUUUCAAUAGUCUCAGACGCGAACGAAUUAAGAGGAAAGAAAAAGAAAGAAACCCAACAAAAAAACGAAAAACAUGCAAAAACAGAAAAAUGAAAAAAAAUCAAUAAUGAUAUCGAUAAUGAUAAAUAAUGAUAAAUAAUAGUAAUAAUGUUCAGAAAGUGUAGCCGUUGUUAACGUGUGAGUUUUAAUUAAUUGAACGAUUGGGUGUACAUGUGUAGUGGAGAAACAAGAAAAAAAAAACGAAAAACCGAAAAAAAAAUGGAAAUAACAAGAAUUUAUUUCAUUGGUGACCAGGCUCCUCGACGUUCAGAACAGCUACUAUAUAGAUUUUACCUGGAUUCGAAUAAGUGGGCUGCGUUUUUCAUUGUAAAAUAGAAACUAGAUUUUAUGAUAAUAAUAUUAAUGAUAACAAUAAAAAUUACAAUAAUAUUAAUAACAACAACAAUAAUAAACAUAUUGAUACUACUACUUAUAAUAAUAUUAAUAAUAAUAAUAAUGAUAACAUCAAUGCUAUUAAUAAUAAUGUUAAUAAUAAUCAUCAUCAUCAUAAUAUCUCAAUAGAGACGAGAAGACAAGGAGCAGAAGAGGAAUUAACAAGAAUUAUAAUAAUCCUACGGAAGAAACUAUAAAAAUUAAAAACGUGAUAAAAAGAAUAAUUAUAUAAAAUAUACAUUAUUAUCUACACCGUAUGUUUUUUUCCCCCCAUCCCAUGUAAUUUUUCAUUGUUACUCACUUUUAGUUUUCAACCAAGUUUAUCGCAUCAUUACAUGAAUGAAAUCGGAUCGAAUCGCACUAAGUAAGUUUAAUUUCAUAAAGAGAUGCAUCGGAAUCAGAAAUGAUGUGAAAUUUUGUUUUAAAAGACUUUAAGAACUUUUAUAAACUGACCUUACAUUAUGUAUCGACGAAUGUUAACUCGCAACAUAAUUAAUAAUGUAAUAUCAUUCACUGCCUCCAAUGUGCUGUUCCAAAUAUAUUAUUAAUUUUUAAGUAUAUUCGUCUCUUUCUCACGCAUACUAGGUACGUACAUACAUAUUAUUUGGUGACCAAAUUUUGCUUGCCAAUUUUUUCCCAACUCGGAACAAACGCUCGGAAAUGUAUACAUGGGCGUACACCUGAAUUUCUGAUUCAAUGCAAAACUGAUAUUGAAAAAAGAGAAAGAAAGUAAUUAUUUGUUAUAAUCUUUUUUUUGUACAUUUUUCAAUUCUUUUUUCUCUUUUUUUUGUGUACUUGUUGGAUAAGUGGACAACCGAAUAAGAGUAGCCUGGUUGACCGUUAUUUGGAUAGUUGAAAAAGAAGAGAUAAAAUACAGAAAGAAAAAAUUGAUUUCUAUUCUGUAUGGUGUUAUUACUAAAAAGCUCUAGGAUUUGAUUCCGAUAAGAAAAGAGAAACGACAACCGAACAAAACGAAACGAAACGAAAAUAAAAUAACAUUAUUAUAUACAAAAUGGCAACUCGUAAGGAAAAAAUAGAAGCGAAAGAAUAACUGAUCAUUGCUAAAUCAUUAUGAAGAGAGAAGAGUGUGUUUUGAACUUAUAUAUAUAUAUAAUAAAUAACCACUGUAUCGAAUUGAUCAGUUUGUAUAUAUAUACAUCUAUUAUAAUCAAAUAAGGAAGUUAUAUUAUUAUUAUUAUUAUAUAAUAAAGUGUACCACGGAACAACUACCACAGAUUGUAACUUUUUGUCUACUGAAAAUAAAAAAAAAAUAAAAAAAAAAAAUGAAAAAAUAAAGAACAAAACGAAAAUUAAAAAAAAAGGAAACCAAGAAAAGAAAAAAGGAAAUUAAAUAAAUAUAUAAAUAAAUUAUUGAAGAACCAUUGGAAGGCUAUUUAUAUAUAACGUCUUAUAUACACAACAAUAGAUUCUCAACAAGUAUAAUCAAUCUAAUUUUAUUUCAGGAAGAAUCUUUUUCAAAAUUUCCUUUUUCUCAUCUUUUUCUUUUCUUGCAUUUUUUUCAUUUUUUAUUUUUUUAAUCAAACGCGAUAUAUGUAUACAUACAUACGUAUAUAAAUAUAUAUAUCAGACUAAAUGUAGAUUUACAUGGACCAUAGGAAUGUAAGCGCGGGGCGGGGAGGAAAGUGAGAGGGCAAAGGGAAAAAAAAAUUAACAUUGGGUAACCAGAACUGUUCGUUAUUAUACAUACAUUAUAUGUCAACGAUCCAAUUAAACGUCUGCAUUUAUUAUUGCCAGGAAUUUUUAUUCGUGCAAUUAUAAGGCUGUUUGGUUUUAUUGAAAAAAAAAACCAUAUAUAUCUAUAUAAAAAAUGAAUGGAGAUUACAUCUCUUCGAUCUAACGUGUAAUAAAAAUUCAAGGAUCACAUGAAAAA